CAUGCUAUGGGUAAGAGUCCCUAGACCAUGACUGUGUGCGUAGCCCAUGGUUAGAACGUCACUCAGUGCUUCCUGUGACACAUGGUGGGAAGUGUUGGUGUGGAGAUCGACGGCAUCCUGGAGCGUUUCCGACAAUAAUGGCUUGCAUCACGAUACCCGUCGCAUUGCUCUCUGUCAUCUCAUCCAGCCUCAGUCUCACAACGUCUGAGAUAUCCAACGUGAGAGGCGACGCUCCGAUUGCCGCGACCAUCAAGCGCACAACCGGUGGCACCUACGGCACCACAAACUGCCGCAACGACAAGAUCUUAGACGUGGCGCCAUUUCAAGUUCUGCGCCCAGUGGAGUCCGUAACUCAUUGUCUGGUAGCGUGUUUGAUGCGCGGACCACAGUGCAAGGCUUUCAACUAUGGCAACAGGACCUGCAGUCUCUUGGACACCGUACUCUGUCAUAUUCGGGGACCGCAAGGGUUCCUUCACCUCAAGGACAUGCCUGGAUUUUCGUACUAUGACCUGUUUGAUCGCGGGGGGAUUCAGGCAUCGCGUGCCAAACUUCCUGGCUGCAUUUCCGGCGAGGACAUCUCCGAAAGCUGCAUAAGUGACAGUCCUCCUCAUAGUUCCACGAUUGGCGACGCAGACAUGAACACCACUUCGCCAACCCUAACAGACGCCUCAGGAGGUACUUCGACACCAAGCGUGGGACUAGAGACCGUUACUGGGCGGCUGCCACAGGAGACUACGGAUAUCGAUAUCCCUGCGACGAGUGCAACCGCUUCCUCACUAUUCUACAUCAAAAUCACACCGGAGACAUUUGAGAAUGCCAGGAACAUCUGUCUCACCGAAGGGGCCUUCCUCGCCAGGCCGAAGACGGCGGAUGACCACAAAGCCCUCGUGUUGCUGAUGAAAACGCACCGCGCCCAGAGGCUAUGGAUUGGCGUACAAAGGAAGCCCGAGGAUGAACCGAGAUACCUAAACGGGGACCCAGUUCCUCCCACAAGUCAGCGCUGGGGACCAGGACAACCGAAUAACAGCGGUGGAACGCAAAUCUGCGUUGAGAUGCGCCAGAGCCUUAGCUUCCUGUGGAACGACUUUGACUGUGAAAAUCCAGCGCCGUUCGCGUGUCAGAGGAGCAGUGCAGCACCUUUAACAUCCACGACAGUUCCAAUUGGCGAAUAGAACGUCCAGCCAGGACACUGACAAGCACGACGUGUGUUGUACAAAUAAUGUGUAUACGUGUGAAUAUAGUUAGGGGCUGUAUAGCAAGAAAUAACGUUACGGGGUCAUCUCCUGGUGCGAGGUAUCCCUCUGGGUUUUCAGGUGAACUCCAUGUCAAUGGUUCCUAUAUGUCCUCGCAGUUGGCUUCGAUGUUGAACUACGUAAAGCGUCUUCUUGUGCAGACUUUGGGAAGAUUGAGUUGUUACUGAUGCAUAGGAAAGAGACACGGAUGAGGAAAUCCCUUAUGUAUCGAAAUUCAAAUCUCGAAAUUCUCGAUACGCGGCGUCGAUUUGCGGUGAGCUAGCCGCACGUGCAGAACAGGGUUCGCGUCUUUGUUUCGGUCUCUUAUAGCCCACUUGAAUUGAAAAGCAAUAAUUCGGUCCUGAACGGCUCCCUGCCAACAGUCCCUACAGUCAAUGCCACCACGAGGACCUCCCCCAUAAGAGUCGCAGGACGUGCCAAGAGGCAGGCGUCUAAAAUACUCUUCAUGGCAACUUUUGUCCACAAAUUCGUACAGUUCGUUUUGUUUUUCAAUUUCGUGGCACAUCCAGUGAUCAACUAGUGUAAGUCUAUGUUCACCGGCCGGUCAUUCAGGAAGGGAUGUUGAAGAGCUUCAAGUUGAGUAUUCGUGUGGCGUUACUCCGCAUCACGUCUGUGGCCACAGGGGACCAUUGUGGACUGUGCUGAUCUCGUUGCACGUGGCACGCUGUACCUAAGCAGCUUAUGUCACAAAGUUGCUGGCGUCCUUGGACAGGGUUCGAAUGCUGGAUCAGUAUGCGGUGACGUCACCAAAUGAACGCGGAAAACCCCUUCAAAUGAUAUUCAGACGGACGCCCCCAUGCACUUGAAUUCUUGGUGGCAUUCCAUUGCAGAUUAGAUGUUACGCUAA